UUCCUCCUCGUCGCGAGCUUCUGCGUCGGCCGCCGCCGCCGCUCCCGCAGCAACGAACGGUCAGCAGCAGCGAGCGGUGGACGAAAAGCUCGCCAUGCGAGGUGGGAUCCUCUGGGCACCGGGGCUAGCCUCGGGUGGGCUAGGCCGGCGCUGAAUCGGUGCACGCUUGUCCAUUUCCCACGCCGAAAAACGCGCGCGGCGGGCUUCGUCCUCCCCCCUUUGUGCGCCUCGCUUUGUCGCACCCACCGCGGAGAAGAAGCGCCCAGCAAGCAAGCCACCACUGCUGCCCGCAGCGCCACCAAGGAGGCAGCACUUUAUUAUUUUUUUUCCUUCCGCUCAUAGGGGGGGUCCCAAACAAACAUGGUGGACGUUUGGGAUGUCCGUACUCAGCUGCUGAAUUACUUCCAUUCGCAUCCCGGCGAAAAUGUGCGCACCGUGGACCUUUGUCGCGUGAUCAAGCAACCCAAGAAGACAAUCAACAGUGUGCUCUACCGGCUGCAAAGGGACGGCGUGCUGCAGAAAGUGGUCGAAAGUCCGCCGACAUGGAGGGAAGCUGGUUCGGCUGGUAGUCGCAUUGAACAGCAAUACUCGAUCGGCUAUCCGAACGACGGAGCCGCGGCCGACGGUUGGCAUAAGUUGAGAGGGCAUUCUGACGAGAACUCGACUGGCAAGCCUCUGGCCAUCACAGACGGCCGUUCGCCGCCCCCGCCUUUCCCCACGGGAGCGACUGAUGUGUCUGAUGUGCUGGUCAAUGAGGAUGAGCAGCAACAGGGGCCGGUGCGGCUGCCCGAGAGCUCGCCUCCUCCCAACCUACCUCCCAACCUGGUGGUCACCCGCGGAGGUGGCAGGUUCGCGGCGCCUCCGUCCCUGGCUCCUCAGCAGCUGGGCGGCGCACCUCUUCCACCGCAGCAGCAGUCGCCACAACAGCCACAGCAGCCCCCCCUGGGCUCCGCUCUGGUUGCGCCCGUGCCCAACAACUCGCUCGUCCCGUGCGCCAACUCCCUGUUGCCGGUGGCCCCCAACAGUGUCGCCGUCACGACCGCCAACAAUGCGGCACUGGCGGUGGCACAGCCCGCGGCGGGACCUCCCGCUGCAGCGGCGGCGGCCUCCAACAACAUCUUGCAGACGGACCUGACGGCGCUGGUCAUUUCGCACCUGCGCACCAUCGGCACGCCCGUGUACACCAAGGACAUGGUCAAGGCCCUGGGCCUGAAACACAAGCGCGAGGUGAACCCCAUCCUGUACCGGCUCCAAGACCGGGGCGUCCUCACCAAGGUGUGGGACACGCCGCCGGCCUGGACUCUCGUGCCGGGCAGCUACGGCGACCUGGAAAGGAACAACCUCUUCGCGGCCGCCGCGGCAGCUGCGGCUGCCAGCAAGCAGCAGGCGUCGCCCCGCGACGCAGGCGCUCCGCCGGACUUUGGCGGCGACGACGAAAACGCGGUCGCCGCCGGGCCCAACGGGGUAGGCGGUCCGCGGGGAGGGCCCAAGGGACCCCCGAAACCCGCGAGGCAGCCCCUUCCCCCCCACGAACUGCUGCGGCUGAGCAACACCUUCGCGCAGAUGAUGAUGCAGCAACAGGCCGCCGCUGCGGCGGCUGGCAUGGCAGCGGCCAACGGCGGGGUCAUGCCACCGCAGGCAUCGCCAGCCUCCGUGGCGGCCGCGGCAGCCAACCUCAAGAUCACCCAGUCUGUGGUGUCGCAGUCGCUAGAGGUUAGCUACGGGCAGCAACAGCAGCAGCAGCAGCAGAGCAACAACGGCACUGAUGCCGGCACCAACGGGCCCGUGCGGGAAGAGGCGCCCGCGGCCGCGCCCACACCGGCGCCGCCUUCCAAUCCACCGGGGCCACAGAGCAUCUCGAAGUUCCCGAGCUACGCGUCCUUGACCAAGAACCCCGUGAGCGCGUUUCACGAGUUUGGCCAGAUGCAGCACGUCGAGGCCAAGAUUGACAUCGUGGCGACGGAUGGCCCGCCCCACAACCCAAGGUUCAAAGCAGUUGCAUUUCUGGACAAGAAACCUGUGGCCGAGGCCUGGGACAAGACCAAGAAGGAGGCCAAGCACCAGGCUGCCGAACUCGCCUUCCGCAAGCUGGUUGCGAGCGGCGCCCUCGCCUCCGACGUCCCCUCCCCAGAGACGGACAUCCUGAGUAGUCAGGAUGAGAGCAUCCCCAUGUUUGAUAUUAUUGCUGCCCUCAGUCACCGCGAGUUCAGCCAGAAAGUGCUGGAGGUGCCAGAGUACGUGGGCGGCCGCAAAGUGCUCGCCGCCCUCGUCAUGAAGACCGGACCCACCGACCGGGGCACCGUGGUCUGCUUCGGCACAGGGAGCCGAUGCAUUACUGGCGAACAGCUAAGCCAGGAUGGAACCGUGGUGAACGAUUCACACGCAGAAGUAAUAACAAGGAGGAGCUUCCUCAGGUUUCUAUACCAGCAGCUCAAGAGCUACGGGCCGGGGAAGGAGCACGCCAUCCUAGAACCCACGGAGGACGGUCAGCGCAUCCGGAUCAAACCGGAUGUCUCUUUCCACUUGUACAUUUCCACCGCGCCCUGCGGGGACGGGGCCCUUUUUGCCCACACGACGAAGCCAGACGACAAGAACAAGACACAGGAUCAGAACAGCGAACAGCAUCACCCACUCUUCACCAAGAGCUGCCAGGGGCUCCUGCGAACAAAGCUGGAAGCAGGCGAAGGCACGGUCCCCGUGGACCUGACUACAGACUACCAGACCUGGGAUGCCAUCCUGCAAGGUGAACGACUGCGCACCAUGUCCUGCAGCGAUAAGAUUGCUCGCUGGAACGUUCUCGGUCUGCAAGGGGCUCUGCUCAGCCACUUUCUGCAGCCUGUCUAUCUGAGCUCCAUCACCCUGGGUAAUCUGUAUCACCACGGGCACCUGUCUCGGGCGGUGUGUUGCCGUCUGGAAGGAGAGCCCGGGCUGGACACCCUACUGCCGACACGCUACACCCUACACCACCCGACGUUGGGCUGCGUGAGCGGCCACAACCCGCCCCGCGACACCGAGAAAACCAAGCCAUACUCCAUCAACUGGUGCGUGGGUGACGAGCGCCCAGAGGUUACCAACAGCGGCACCGGCAUGCGCCAGGACAGGAGUGGCACCAACCUGGAGUCUCGUGUCUCCAAGGCGUCGCUGUUCUCACUCUUCAAGGACACGUGUGAGCUGCUUGGCCGCGAAGACCUGCUGUGCAAGACGUACGGCGAGACCAAGGACUCCGCGCUCUGCUACCAGGGCGCCAAGAAGGUGCUCUUUGAGCGCUUCCUCAAGCUCGACCGCGGUCGUUGGGUGCGCAAGCCACCCGAGGAGGAGAUGUUCCACUAGGAUGUUCCUUGUUUGUCGGCAUUUCUUUUUCAUUGUCGUGCGUAAUUAUCCUCCCUAGUUUUUUUUUCCCCUACCCCCUGCCGACGACGCGUCGGUUCACAUCAUCUCGUUGCCAUUAUUUCUCACGAUUUUUUUUUUCUAGUUUCACGAUUUUCAUCUCUGCUCAUUGCGUCUUGCCGCUGCAGGGGCAGGAGCUUCUCGUCUCGUGGCCAUAUUACUUCUGUCGUCACUCGCACCAUUCCUUCGCGGCCAUUUUACACUUCGCCGCGUGUUCGGAAACACACACUCUUUGCCGGCACCACAUUGCUUGCUCGCCAUCCCCUCUCUCACCCUCCAACCAGGCUCACUAAUCUCCGUAUCAGUUCUUGAACUUGCCUACGACUCUUCGAUGCGUUGGAGACAUUCUUCUACCAUUACCCUGCUUGCACCGCGUUUCAUUUUGCUGGUUCAUCUCACGACGGCGCUCUUUUUCUCCUUUUGGUUGGUUUAGCCCAGAAGCACUCAAACUGCCGCAUGUCCCAAGGUCAACGGUUGCAGAGGCCACUUCAAGAGCUGAAACUUUCUCCUGCCAGUCUUUACACUGACGUUCCAAAGGAGUGCUUGUUUCCUGUCUGCAGCCAUGCAUUUCGGCACUUUGAUGCUGGCACCUUCGGAGACCUCUGUUUUAUCCGUGAUGAAUGAUUCAAAUGAGAGACAACUGUGCCGAUUUCGAGGGAUUGGGUGGUUGUCGCUUUUGUUGUGGAAGCGGAGCAGCAUCUGUCCGGAUCAGUUCACCUAAGUUUCCGAUUGGUGCGCUUAGCGCACACCUGUUUUUUAUGGCAGUGAGGACGAACAAAUUUUGCAAAUGUGCCACCUCGGAAAGUUUGAGUUUGUGCACUUUUCGUUGCACUCGAGAAAAAUCUGGCAACCAGCCUGCUCCUCAACUUCGCUACUCUUGGUGUAGCAGUUUUUUGGGGGCUUCGAUGCUUAGUGAAAUGGAAAGUCGUGCUAAUUACUUUACACUGAACAUGGAGGUGAGAAUCGCGACGAAGGAGUGCACCAGAACGUAGAAGGAACACACGCAAAGUAGGUGCUUUCCGUGUGUUCUUUCUACGUUCUGGUGUCCUGUUUCGUCGCGCCUCUUACCACGAGGGUCGCGUCUUAGAGCUGUUGCAUCGUCUCUCUUUUUCUUCAAUGACCGUGCUCGCUGCUGUCCCGAGAUCGCUCCUCUCCCUGGACGCAGCGCGAAAGGAACGGGCAAUACACCCCUUCACGCUGCCAAAGGAGAGACUACACUUGUCCCAUUUGUCCACUUCAUACCUCUGUCAGCUUGCCCCUGCAUUUCGACAAAACCUGAGGCCAUGCAUGCUUUCCUCUUUUUUUUCUUUUUUUUUCUCCACAUCCACAGAGUUGCAAGCUGCGCGUUUGUCACUCUGCUCAGCCGUUAGGCUAAUACCAUUUCAAAUGGACGGUUGCACCAGCUCUACAUCACCCCGCAUCCUGUUGGCCCGUCCUCUGUACGAUGGACAUGGCACAAACCAGGCAGGAGCAACCCACUUGGGAUUGGAGUCGCAUUAGGAGUUCAUCGUUGGCAGUUUUAGUUGGCUGCAUGCCCUCAGCAAAUUGUUUUUUUUCGUGCUUAUUGAAAUUGAGGCCACCCUGUCUGAAAUCAUUGCGCUAGCAUUGUUCAGCUGCCGCCUCUUUUGUGUUUCUGGAUGUUGCAUAUAUAAGGCAGACAGGUAUGACGGGCUCUUCUCACUAAAUUUGGCUGCAGUGUUGGACUACAACACUUGUUUCUGUGUAUCGUAAUGUAUUGUGUGCGGCCAUGCAAGAUUCUAGUGGCAACUCCCAGUAAAGGAAACAGUGUCGUCCUGCUCUUGUCGGGAGCUGUUCGAUGACACCGUCGUUGCGUUUCCAUUUCUUUAAAAAUACGCAUUUUCUUUGAUAUAUCCAAGGAUGGUACACUGCCUCUUGCUGAUACCGGAAACUACUGAAUUGCUACAAACCCACGGCCUGUUGGGAAGACCCGUUUAUUAAUGUCUGCCUUGUUUACACAACACGUGUGCACCCGGUACAAAAGGCCCGUGGCCGACAUAGCCAAGAUAGUGUUUCUACGACGUCGAAAGUACAAAGACAGAUGAGAAGGGUUAUGCAUAAGCAUGACAGGCCCCGAACGGUUUUUACCCGGUGCACUAUACAAGCGCGGCAUGCCUUACACAUUGCUUGUCGUCGAAACAUGCUAAGUUGUAGGUAUUUUAGCACAGUUCCUGGCGGAAGCCACGGCUGUGCGGUGUAGCUGGCUGGCUUUCACGCAUGGCUAAAGAGUUGGCAAGGGCUCGUUGUACUUGAAAGUUGUACAGCCCCGGAACCAUCUAUUCCUUUGCAGUGAGCCGCUGCUCCUCAGCAUUAAAGGCGCACCCUGUGCCACUCGUGCACGAGCUGCUUAGAUCUAGGCGGCACUCUGUGUGCUGGCAGUGAAUAGUGGCAGCGCAUUGUGCGAUUCACUUUUCCUUUCUUUUUUUUCCGUUUUACUCAUCACAACUUGGGCCCCAUUUUCUUUUUCCAUGUCUGCUGCCUAUGGAAGUCCGGUAUUUCGCUCGUACCAUCGCGUGCAUUGUGUCGGUGAUACUUUGCUCGCACCUUUUCUACCGCAUUACGCUGUUCGCGAAAGAGGAACGCUGUUUCUGGCCAUGAAUGGGCACGUUCUGAUGGCGCGAAGUGAACUUGAAAUGAUGUUCAGUGCUUCUUGGCUCCCUCAUUUUUUCGAGUGCUUCUUGGCUCCCUCGUUCUUUCGUUAGAAAUUUUACCCGGUUCGUUGUCUUCUGCGCAACUCUUGUAUGGCCGACAACAGAGUGGUGUUUCACUCGAACACAACAUGAACAUGUCCUCUCCCCUUCUUGUGGGUGCGCCACACUAUGUAAAAGGGCUCCUGUCAUUGCCAAAGGCACCGACUGGUUUCAUCUGUUCAUGGGCAUCUGACCAUCUUUUUUUUUUUCAGUUUCUUUUUUUGAGACACAGACAGUGGCAUGCCGAAUGAAGUCUGUAAUUGCAACACAUUUUUUUUUUCUUUUUCAUAGUCUCUUCAAGUCUUAUGUAUAUAUUUGCUUCUUUUUAAUUGCAGUGCAGCUAUCUCAAAUUAUGUAUUGUCAUUACUCUGUCACAGUCAUUAUGUUCCGUUGCCAUGUCUAUUCCUAAUGUCGUCAGUAGUGUUAUUUGCGAAAUGGGUUUAUGUUGCAAGCUCUUCAGUAUGGGUGUCACCCCAUGGCGUCUUGCGUGUUUUUUCCGUAUCUGUCACUCUCACAUUGCAUUUUUUUUUUCCGUCGUAGCCUCAUCUAGGCCAUUUUAGUUUUUGCAAGAGUCGGGGACAGACCCUGUCUUAUCGUGCGUGGCACGUUUUGAAAGCAAGGCGAUGCGCCUCGCAUUUUUUAAUGCUUGCCGGCUCACGAUAGCCGCACGUAUUGUCGCGUUGUACAUAAGCGUGGUGCUGUUGAGCAUCGAUUUCCUGUUUUUAGUUGACGCAUCUCCCGCACUGUCGGAACAGGUGUUUGACCCUCGUCGUCCGUGUCUCGCGGUAUUUUGUCAGACGCAUGCAGGCACCGCCCACACUCAUCCCCCGGCGUUGUCGGCAUGCUCCGUUUUUGUUAUUCCCGUUUUUUGAUCCCGCUACACAUUGAUUUCCUCCGUUUUUUUUUUUCCCCCAGUGCGUUGGUUUUAUGUAGCGUUGCAGCUUUUGAUUUUUGCCCCGAGCUCACUGUUCAAGAAAUGUGCGCUGGCAAGAAUUUUUGCAGCAUUCAUUCUUUCUUUCAGUUUCCCCUCUCAUCAACUGCUGCAGGCGUGAUAGCUGGUCUUGUGACUGAAUGCAGCACUUUUAUUUACGCAGCAAUGCUUUCAUUUUCACCGAACUGUGUGCCCACUCUCAUUCUGUGUGGCCUGCUCUUGUUUGCUGUAUUGGAAGAGUGUGAUUGUUUCGACUGCUCUGGCAGUCUGGUUUUUUUUUUUUUUUAUACUUCACAGUGUGUUCUCCGACUCUGAAUGCACGUCUUGUGUCGUAGCCGCCGUUUUUCUUUCGUACGUACGGCCUUGCUUCUUUUCCUAUGCCGAUACUUUCGAGACGCACUUCUACAAAACAAGCAUAAGUCUAAACAGGAUGUGCCAAAAAGCAAAAAAAAAAAACAAGCAGCAAAGAGGUGCAGAAGUGUCCUCUCUCGAGGGAGAGAGAAGUCUAACCGUGCCAUCCUUUCAGAGCAAGGAUUUUGGCACGGCACAAUGAAACCGGGAGUGAUUGAGGCAGCUGCCACGGUCGCAGUCUGUAUGGUUGCAGUCGCCGAGUGCACCGCGACAGGGGCGCAGUACGGGGUAGCGAGAGGUGCGUGGUCCGGUCGGCCGAGAAGGCAAGCAUCAUUUUGUCGGAGUCUCGGCACGUGGCUCGACAAGAUGGUGCCACCUAUUCCCGUCUGCUUGUGGAGAGGCCCGGUGCGCUGCCGCCGUCGUGUUGCCGCAUGUGCAGCGGGGAACGGCACACGGCACACACCACGACAGGCGCGCUACGAUGGCUGCCGCCACCGGCCACGUCCUCCCUUCCUUCGCCGCAUUCGGCGACGUUGCAGGGUUGCCGAGAGCAGAGGCCGCCGAUGGCUGCCGCCUGGCCAGUUUCGUCGGCGUUCGACGACGUACGAUCAAUCGUACGAGCGGUUGGCAUGCACGUCGGGUGGGGGACUCCGUGCCCUGUGGCACGCGUGCUUCGUUUUUUCUUUGCGCUCAUCGCAUGCACCCCGUGCACAUGAAAAACGGUCGGACAGCAGCAAGAUGGGCUGUGACUGAGUCGUCGGUGCGGAACGCAGGCGGUCUGGACCGGACAUACUUAACAGCGUUAGCGCAGACCCUUCUCCGAGGCAGCAGCCAUCUCUGCUGGAACGCUCGAGCGUAUCUCUUUCACUCACCCGCACCCUUCUCUUCUGUGUCAUGUGCACGUGAUGUUUGUGAAUGCCGCUCGUGUUGCCGGUACGUGUGCGCCUAGGCUAGGCACACAUGCAUGCUCUGGCUCUAUUUAACCUGCUCGUUAGUUGCAUGUGUAGCGUUGCGGUCCCUUUCCCAUUUGGGUUAGGUGGCCCUCUCUGUAGGCAUAAUAAGUGCACCAGUAAGCUUUGUAUCCUGACACUGUAUUCUUUCGUCAGCUGCUGGUUACGUUUCCCUCACCGUUGGCUGCUCGUGAAGAAACUAGAUUUUGGUUCCCGCAGUCGGUCCAGGGACUUAUUCCCGUUGCUCAUUGGGGCACCAAGCUGGAAGUCCGGCUUCGUUCAACCGCCGUUUUCGUGCUGCGUCGUAAUCGAGGAGCUUGGUUCGUCUUUUGCAGCGGUUGAGUGAGCUCACUUGGCUCCUUCAGUUUGCUGGGGCCAGGCUCCUAGCGCAAACGGCGGAGCUGUUGCCUUUUGGCUUCGUCACACCGUCAAGUAGACAGCGUCGACAAGGGCAUUCCGUCGUUUUGCCGCUUCUCAAGAGUCUGGCCGAGGCUGUUUGCGCGUAGAGCCUAGUUGCCUGCUAGCUCUGGGAACCUUAAUCUUCUUCUUCCUGACGAGUCUCGACUCUCUCUUCACUCUAUCUAUCUUUCUCGGUAGUUUUUAUCGUUUUAUUGUAGCUUGUGAACGUAACCCAAUCUCGUGAGUGUUUAGUAAGCUCGAACCUAAGCCGACCUAGGGCCGACGUCCGCGACCCCUGUGUAGUUGCGGACAGCGGCGAUAGAUCGUCGCGUCGUUGUAAUCUAGCGAAAGCGCGAUUUAGGAAACAAGGUUCACUGUCUUCUCGUCUUGUCUGUGCUUCUGUGUGCGUCUUAACUGCGCGUGUACACUCUUGCUCGGAAGAGAAAAAAAAUGCGAAUAAGGGAGACAAAACCACUGAAAGCGUAAAACGAAGAACUUGGUUUCGGCAUCGUCGUCUAAACGUUUGGUUGGUGUUGUUUUUCCUUGGUUUCCUUCCGGCGUCCGCAUUUUCUGCUGCUGGCCUAAUUUCUCAUAGUACCGUAUUUUUGCGACGUACGUUCGACCCUUUUCUUCCACGUUACGCUCUUCUGACAACUUUCUUGCUUCCUCAGUUUCAUCGCGGAAGGUUGGGAGACGGGUCCGCACGCCGUGGCAGUCGGGCACCUUUGGCAGUCCCCGGUGUGAAAGAAAACUUAUUUCUCUCUCUAUCUCUAACUUGUUGCCUACAGCCGAUUCGGUGAAUCAAGAACACGAAGAGGCGUGAAACAGCGCACGCACGCACACUUGCUGCACAUGCGCACUGCGUGGUCUUUGUGGCAUCCAGGCCAGGCAGCGGCGACAUGUGCGCCAAGGGUGAGUGAAGGAACGGAGUCACACCUUCCCGACUUCGAGAAGCCGUCGGCAGCGUAAAACAAUCACCGGGUAAACGAGUCUCCAAUCGUCCCCGAGAUGAAGGGCCACUUUGUGUUGAAUGAAUCCAUGCUUAAAAGGAUCGAAGGCUAUUGGAGCUGAAACAGGGGCAAGCAAUGAGCACUGCACCGAGCUCAGUCUUGUUCACGUACAGGCUGUCCGUCUCGUGUGCCUUUGACUAUCAACAGGGAUAUACGUAUGUGACAAAGAGAGCGGGCGUGUUGGCCCUGUGGCCUCAUUGAAUUUGUGUGUUGGCCAUGUUCCCUAUGUGCCCUGUCGCGUUUCUCGGUGUGAGCAGACACCAGAAAGCUUGGCACAUGUCACUAGCCCGCACUUGUAUCAGUUUCGUCGAUGCCUCUUCGCACUCCCAGGAAACAAGCUAGCACGCGUAAAAGCAACAUGCGCCAAUCAGAAAAGCAUCGGUGGUGUGGCUGAACUCGUACUAACACAUUGCAACUAUCAGACCUGUGCAUUUCUCAGCGGAAGCUAAGUCGACAGCCCUGAAGCCCUGUUCUCGUCUUGUGUGACAUUGCCAGCAUUGAAGCGACAUUAUGGAGAAUGUAAAUUAGUCGUACCUUGCAGGCAUUGAGUGCUGCUCAGCACUCGGCUUCCAUUCUCUGCCUUUCAUCCGGACAAUUGGAACGAAUCCCUAGAUGACUGCCGGUCGCCCGACUCAAGAGACACAAAGCCCGCGUCCGAACCGUGCUGCCGACCUCCCCGUCUCGCAUCUUCCCAACAGAUGUCGUGUAGGCGUGGUCGGAACCAAACUCUUUGCCCUCUUUUUCUUUUUCUUCUUUUCGGUCCCUUUCGCAAUACUGGUAUAUGCAGUUCACAUUCCGCAGCAGCGGGCACACCCCUGCACGCUCUGUCGACGUUACUGCGGGCCCCGCCAUCCCGACUUUGUACGAGGACUCGCUUUCUUGCUCGCACGCCUCUCAGGGUCGUCUGGCAGAAAAAAAGGUCUCGCGCCUCACUGCCUUCUUGUAGCGCCCCGCGGGGCGUGCGAUUUGGAAAUGGGGCCCGUGUUGUAACUGACAACAGGAAAGGAAAGAAAAAAAAAAAAAAGAUGCAGACGAUGUAAGAUGCUGUGAAGUUUCACCUCCCGUCGUCGUCAUCGUGUGCCCACCUAUCUUUUUUCCCGCCGUCUCUUAGGUUCGUUCCACUGCCUCCCAUCGCCUCCUCAUUGCUUCUCACUAGGCGCUUCACUUAAAACGUCGUUUCGUUGGGAGAAUAGCAGAAACGCGUGUCGACGGUUAUUUCAAGAAAUGCGUGUAAAAUUAUUCCCACCCGUCUCCUCUGCCGUGUCGUGUGUACCCCAUUUUCGUGCCAUUCUCUUCCUCUUUGGUGGCAUAAUUCGCGUAUCUUAUUUAUAAUGCCAUGUGCUCCGCCACCACGCCCUCCCAAAGCCCCCCCCCCAACUCUGGUCGUGUGUCAGCAGUGGGUCUUGUAUUUCACCUCCUUCUUUCUUCCUUUAUUCCAGACCGUUGCGGCUGUUCAUAGCCAGGUGGGACGACAGGAAAAGAAAACGACAUUCCAUAACUGAUAUGCCUCUAGUGCAAAAGUUUUGCCAGACGUCCUUGUUCGUCCCGUCUUGGAGGGGAUAUGAGGAAGCGGCGAUCCCACCUUCGUUUCCAGACUCCGUUUGUCCCUUUUCUUCCCCGCCGACGUCCUUGAGUCCUUCUUUCAUAUUAUUUGUAGGCGGCGCUUUGGUUUUUCGAAACGUCCGUCCCAACAUCUGUGGCCCUUCCGUUUUUGUGGGGGGUGUCAUUCUCUGUAUAUAUACAUAUAUAUAUGUACAUAGCCAUAUGUAUAUAUAUGUAUAUAUGCGAGCAGAUGGGAAAGAGGGGUGGAAUUUAUGUUCCCUUUGUUUUUCGUGUUAACGAUUAUUUUCGUCAUCCCGUCGCGUUUUUCGUUGUGUCAUCCGGGUGUAUUCCUUCUUCAGUGUUCACCUCCUCAUGUCUCGGGUAAGAUAUUCCUUGGAACAUACCUUUUUUUUUUCUUGUUAGCGGAGAUCGUGACAACCGUCCCACUCGCAGUAACCUCUGAAUCGUUCGGCCCUCCUCAGUUUUUUUUUCCCCAGAAACUCGGUUCCCUGACCAGCACCUGAUGUGAUGUUACUUGGGGACUAACAUUUUGAACGCAUGUUGUGGUCUUAAAUAAUUGUAUCUGCGUCACCAAGGACGCCACCUGGCAAUUGGCUUUUACGAUGAGGCAUGUGACCAGUGAAAGUGCACUCUGUAUUGUAUUUUAUUAUGUCAAGCUACGAACAGUGCGAAACUUUGUGUGGACAACAGCGUUACGUAAUGUGUUGAUGAUGUCGAGUGUUCCUGCGGUUUUAUUGAAGAGAAUGUUGACAUUAAGCUGGAAUCGGCCGAGUGAACAGCCUGAUGGGCCAACUUAAAAGAACUCCGCUUGCUCUCUGGUAUCAAUAAGGGAAAAAGUGCACGAAUCGCCAUCGUGUUUCGGGCAUUCUGAAGCUGUGGCAAAUCCAUGCUGAUGAGUUUUCGCACGUACGAUCAAGGAUGAACUUGAGCUUGUGAGCAAAACAGCAGCUGAGCAAGGCCACCAUGAUCACCCCAAUCGUUGCAGCGAGUGUUUCUAACAAACUUUCCUCAUGACUGCAUGCAUUGGUCACAUGCCUAAUCUGCGGUUGUCACCCUGUCGCAUCAGUUACGCAAUUCUCACUCGCGGAGUAACCAACGUUCCGGUCUGUUGAUUUUGAAACUGAGAGAAUCAUCGUAAUCACGGAAAGCGGCUUCACACCCAGCUGGACAUGUUGCGCCAGGGCGCCAGCCACAUUUGACGUUACCAUCGUGAACUGUGUCAAGAACAUUGGUCGCGUCUCUUUUUUUUUUUUUUUAAGCUGCAUCAUCAUCAACCUUGCAACAAGCGUCUUGUGUCAGCCUGUGUGAAAACAAAACGGGCGCACGUGUCGGGGCGGCUCGGCUGCGAAGCAUCUCAUCAGUCGAGCAACUGUCAACACAACCCGUCAUCGCCCUUUUUGCGCGAAGGUGCUUGGAGCCAUUGUUGGUCAAAUCUCAGUGACGCAGCUAGUUUCUUUUUUUUUUUUUUUCAUUUUAAUCUGAACAAAUAGAGUGCAGCUGUAUGUAAUAAGGCAUUUGUUGCAGACUGUGCGGAAAACUGGCGCAGUGUUGCUGAAGCCUCAUGCUUGUUUUUUCCGAACCUAUUGCCUAAUUUCUAUGUGUUCCCCCUGAUUUAAAAAAAGCUUGAUACCUCGAGUUGAAAAUUAAUGAAAGCAAAGUUUGAAACGCUAAACAUAUGGGACUCUUGUAUUGCCCUCCGAAACCUUCACAGCAUUUUUCAUGACCUGCACAUUUUUCCAACUGUGAUCUUGUUCUUUAACUUUUUUUUUUGUCAGUUUUAACAGUGUCUGUGUUUUUGUAUGCAUGUGUGUUGCUAGGUUCUUUUUUUUAAUCUCUUAAAACCGAGUAAGAAAGAGAAAACAGGUUUGAAAAGGUUUUUCCUUGUAUCUUGUUGGGUUUGUCUCCGCAAACCCAUUGCAAUGCUAGUCACCCAAAAACAGGACAUGGCUGGGACAUGGAAAACUGGUGCGAAAGAGGUGUCAUCUUCGUUUAACGAAUGAUGAUGGUGUUGGUAAACAACAACAAAAGAAAAAUACUGCCUCUGAUUUAUGUGCUGUAUUUCUCGUAGACCAUCCUUGUUUUACUUUUUUUGUACUUCGUGUUCUUUCCAUUUUUUUUUUUUUAACAGAAAAGAACGAAAUCUCUGUCAUCACACGUUUCUUUGUUGCGAUCAGGUUUCUCGAACCUGCAGGCUGAAAAAAAAAAGCAAAAAAGGAAAACGUGAAAAAAGGAACAAUUGAAAAGUAACACGUUUGAGAACUGUGUACUAGACUUUAAAAAAAAAAAGCAAAAAAAAAUCCAUAGUGUUGUGAUAUGUAAACUGAAUAUCUGAAUAAAGGUCACAAAUGCAGUCCACA